AUGACUUCUUUUGACCAGGUUGAAUAUAAAUCAAAAUCAAGGAACGACCUUUUCGAAAAAAAUUUUACUCAUCUCGACCAAAGAACACAAGCUGAACAAAUAUAUAUAAAAGAGGAACCUGAAGAAAUGCCUAUUAAACAAUUCAACGGUUCUUCAGACACAAUAUCAUCAAACAAUGUAAUUCCCGAACUUAGGAAGUCCUCCUCUUCUAUGAUUUCGCUUUCGUCGUCUAUUAGUAUGGAACUACGAAAAAGCAACAGUGAUCUUAGUAAUGCCGAUUUCUCGUGUCCAAUAUGCUUGGAUAUUAUGAAAGAGGCAUUUGUUGGACGUUGUGGCCAUUCCUUUUGCUAUUUAUGUAUCAUCGGUCAUCUCGACAUAAAGAGCGAUUGCCCAAUGUGUGGUAGUCAUUUAACUAAAGAGCAAAUAUACCCUAAUUUUUCAUUGAAUAAAAUUCUAGAAAUGGGAUGUAAAGAAAUUUCAACCCCUACUUCACCUGCAAAGCAAUUAAAAGAAAAAAUACUUAAAGAUGACUUGAGUGUUGAAGAUAUCAAUACAAUGGUAGUAACGCUUUUGGCUAAAAAAAAAAAAUUCGAGUCAAUGGAAAAGGAGGAUGAAUUAAACAUUUUACAUGAUUUUUUAUCAAGGGCGAAAGCAAAGAAACAAGAACAACUUUCACAAAUCUCUAAAGAAAUUGAAUACUUGAAUGAUGAUUUGGUUACGACUCAACACGAAAUUGAUUGUUUCACUCAACGUCAAAAAAGCAACGGAGUUGAAGGUCAAAUUUCAGAAGAAUUCAACAAUAAUCAUUCUAAAAUUAUAUCAUCUAGUGAUGAUAAAGAAUCUGAUUCUGUUGGCUAUACGUUACAACCUAAUGAGCGGCAUCAAACAACGAAAAAAAGAAAACAUACAGAAGUAGAUAGCUCUACCAAGGCAAAUGCAUCAUAUCUAAGAAGUUGUAGUGGAACAACUUUGCAAAAUUUCAAAGAUACUCUCGAUUUAAAGCUACAGAAUAAGAAACAGAGAAUGUUGAAAUAUAUUGAUGAUUUGGAGCAAUAUUAUUUUUCUAGUAGAUUGAAAAUCUCAAAUUCACACGAAAGUUUGUCGAAUUUCACAUCAGCACUCAAUACAUUUACAAGAUAUUCUAAUUUUCGACUAAUAAGCACAUUUCGAUAUGGAGAUAUAUUUAACACAUCUUCAAUUGUGUCCGCCAUCGAAUUUGAUCGAGAUGAUGAAUAUUUUGCAACUGCUGGUGUAACUAAAAAGAUCAAAAUAUUUGAAUUUGGAAAUAUCGAGCGGAAUGGUUACAGUGAUGCUUUUGGAGGACAUUCAUCAAGUAGUAUCAGAGAUAGUAUUAGAGACAGUAUCAGUGGUCCAAGAAAAGUCAUGGACUCUUUUCUUCAGUACCCAAUAAAGGAGAUGUCUUCUGAUAGCAAAAUAAGCUGUUUAUCUUGGAAUAAUUACGUCAAAUCUCAUAUCGCUAGUGCAGAUUAUGAUGGAAUUGUUUCAUUAUGGGAUGUUAUUACUGGAAACCAGAUUAUGACUUUCGAUGAACAUGAAAAACGUACAUGGAGUGUUGACUUUGGAAAAAUGGAACCCACAAAACUAGCUAGUGGCAGUGAUGAUGCAAGAGUUAAAAUUUGGUCUACAACACAACAAAACUCCAUAUGUACGUUAGAAAGCCAAGCUAAUGUAUGCUGUGUAAAAUUUAAUCCUGAAAUUCCACACUAUGUGGCGUUUGGUAGCGCCGAUCACCAUAUACAUUAUUAUGAUCUUCGGUAUAACCGCCAGCCCGUUUUCAUUUAUAAGGGACAUCGUAAAGCUGUGUCUUAUGUAAAAUUUAUGGGGCGAAAUGAAUUAAUUUCGGCUUCAACUGAUAGUACACUUAAACUUUGGGAUAUUGAGUCUCAUACCUGUGUGCGAACAUACGCUGGUCAUGUAAAUGAAAAGAAUUUCGUUGGCUUAAGCGUCUCCUCGGAUUGGAUUGGCUGCGGUAGCGAAGAUAAUUGUAUUUACGCUUAUAACAAAACUUUAUGUAAACCGAUCAUCAAAUACAAAUUUGGUAACAUCAACGCUGUUACGGGUAAAGAGACUUUUAAUGAUGAUCCUUCGCUUUUUGUUAGUUCCGUUUGCUGGAAAAAAAGUCCUAGCACUCUAUUGGCUGCCAACAGCCAGGGAACUAUUAAA